AUGGCACCACUUAACAACAGCCACCCAGCCACUCAGGCCUUGCAUGCUGAUGAUCGCCUCAACUUGGUCCAUGAUGUCGCACCUCCAAUCCACUUGUCUACAACAUUCAGAUACUCGAACACCCCUGAUGAACUGGUUUUAUCAGAAGACCCUGUGGCGGAAUUCAACGGCAAGAACUACGUCUAUUCUCGCGAGUUUGCACCAAAUGCCACUCGCUUCGAGGCAGUUCUCUCCCCUCUUCUAAAGGGCCACGCAGUGAGCUAUGCUACAGGCUUAGCCGCCCUGCACGCCGCAUUGACGCUACUAAACCCCCGGCAAAUAUCCGUGGGCGAAGGUUACCACGGCAGUCAUGAAGUCAUCUCCGUGGUUUCUCGUCUUUCAGGACUCAAAAAACUCCCCAUUGACUGUCCUACUGAGAGCCUGAACAAAGGCGACGUGAUCCUCCUCGAAACACCCAUCAAUCCAUUCGGAACAGCCUACAACAUCGAAGAGUAUGCCCAAAAGGCGCAUUCCAGGGGAGCCUUCCUCAUUGUCGACAGCACCUUCGCACCGCCCGGUCUACAAGACCCGUUCCUCUGGGGUGCUGAUAUUGUCAUGCACUCGGGUUCGAAAUACUUCGGAGGACACAGCGAUAUGCUCUGCGGUGUUCUUGCGGUGAAGCGGGAUGAUUGGGCGAAGCAGCUUUUCGAGGAUCGCAUGGCCUUGGGUAACGUCCUCGGGAACUUGGAGGGGUGGCUUGGUACACGGAGUCUGCGGACUCUUGAGGUUCGGGUACAACGGGCAAGUGAGAACUCAGCAAAGGUGAUCUCAUGGCUUAAUGAUGCGUUAAAUGCCCCUUCUCCCGCACCGGGCUCGGAAGAGGCUGUUGUCCAGACUGUGUUGAAGAAGAUUUAUCAUGCCAGUCUUCAGGAUGAGCCUUGGUUGAAGAAGCAGAUGCCCAAUGGGUUUGGUCCUGUCUUCUCUGUUAUUUUGCAUAGCGAGGACUUUGCUCGCACAUUGCCGAGCAAGCUGCAUUUCUUUCAGCAUGCGACGAGUCUUGGUGGAGUCGAGUCUUUGAUUGAGUGGCGAGCUUUGUCUGACGCUAGGGUGGAUCGGAAAUUGUUGAGGAUCAGUGUUGGCCUGGAAAACUGGGAGGAUCUAAAGAAUGAUUUGUUACAAGCAUUCAAGUCGCUUGCUGGUGCUCGUUAA